GUAAACAUAAGCAUGAUGAUCCACAGGACAGUUCUGUGGCAUGAUUUAAUGGGAUAGUCCUAAUUAGACUGACAUUGUACGUUGGAGUACUUUGGUAAAUCAUUUUAUUAGUGUAUCAGUUUUUUAUUUUUCAAUGUAAAUAUGGAGAGGAGUGAUAAAACUUUGCAUGAAAUGGUUCAGGAGGCGGCAUCCCUGCACAGUGCUAGAACCGCUGUCACUUUUGACAGCUGCACCGAAUUGGGGAUCAUAUCGCGCACCUACAACGAGCUUCUCUCAUUAGCGAAUGAAUUAACCAACCUGCUGAAGGAGCACGGUCGCCUAAGUGGGCAGAUAUUUGGCUUAUACUGUCACCCUGGUAUCAACCUUCCGAGCUGGAUUCUAGGAAUCCUUCAGCUCCCAGCGGCUUAUGCACCCCUAGAUCCAGACUCUCCCCCAUAUUUGUCCGUCAGAUUCAUGGACCAGUGUGGGCUGAAAUAUGCUGUGAUACAGAGUGAGCUGUUACAGAGAUUCCACAGAACGUUUUCCCCACACCUGCUCGUGGAAGUGUGUGAGGUGUGGCAAAAUCAGGGACUCACACUGGUAAAGGUACAGCAGGAAGUUGGGAGCUCUCAGAGGAGUGAGCAGCAGGAAGUUGGGAGCUCUCAGAGGAGUGAGCAGCAGGAAGUUGGGAGCUCUCAGAGGUGCGAGCAGCAGGAAGUUGGGAGCUCUCAGAGAUGUGAGCAGCAGGAAGUUGAGAGCUCUCAGAGCAGUGUACAGCAGGAAGUUGGGAGCUCUCAGAGGUGCGAGCAGCAGGAAGUUGGGAGCUCUCAGAGGAGUGAGCAGCAGGAAGUUGGGAGCUCUCAGAGGUGUGAGCAGCAGGAAGUUGGGAGCUCUCAGAGCAGUGAACAGCAGGAAGUUGGGAGCUCUCAGAGGAUUGAGCAGCAGGAAGUUGGGAGCUCUCAGAGGAGUGAGCAGCAGGAAGUUGAGUGUGAGUGGGACAUGCUGAGACAACAUGGUGAAGGGCGGUGGCACAGAGCUGCCAGACAGGGAUUGUUGGCCUACGUGCUGCACACCUCCGGAACAACCGGCCUUCCCAAGAUCGUGAGAGUGCCACACAAGUGCAUCGUGCCCAACGUCCUCCAUUUCAGAUCUCUGUUUCAGGUGACUUCAGAGGAUGUUGUGUUCAUGGCCUCUCCUUUGACCUUUGACCCCUCUGUGGUGGAGAUGUUUUUAUCUCUGUCAUCGGGGGCAUGUCUUCUGAUUGUUCCCACGGUGAUCAAAAAGGUCCCUGAUAGACUGGCCACGGUUCUGUUCAAACACCACAGGAUAACAAUAUUACAGGCCACACCCACACUGGUGGGACGUUUUGGGGGGUGUGUCCUGCAAAGGGUGGUGCUCUGUGCUGCCUCCUCCUUGCGGAUCCUGGCCCUGGGGGGCGAGGCCUGCCCCCCUGUGUCUGUGCUGCGUGGCUGGAGGGGGGAGGGAAACUCCACCCGAUUCUUCAACCUGUAUGGCACCACAGAGGUGUCCUGCUGGGCUACCUGCUACAAACUGCACCUGGACACCAUGAGUUUGGGGUCUGUGCCCUUGGGGUCAGUGCUGAUGGGCACUGUAGUGGAAGUGCGAGGAGAGGACGGCAGGGUGAUUACCUGUGGGGAAGGCCAGGUGUUCAUAGGGGGAGAGGACAGAGUGUGUUUCCUUGGUGAUGAGGUUGCCGUGGCGAAGGGAACCAUGCGGAGCACUGGGGACUGGGUGGAGCUGAGGGAUUCACACCUGUAUUACCUGGGACGCAGGGACCGGCUGGUGAAACGUCACGGCCAGCGGCUCCACCUGGACGCACUGCACCAGGUACUGCAGAGCCUGCCCCAGGUAGAGGUGUGUGCUGUCACCCUAUGUGAGGGGCACAGGCUUGUUGCCUUUGUGGUACCCUCUUCUGGAGAUCCCACCCCUUCCCCCAGAGGCCCUACCCCUUCCCCUAGAGGCCACACCCCUUCCUCUGGAGAGCUACAGAGGGAGAUUUUGGGCAUGCUGUCUCAGCUUCUGCCCCCAUACAGUAUCCCAGACACCAUCAUGCUGCUCCCAGCUCUCCCUCUCACCUCCCAUGGGAAAGUGAACAUGGGUGACCUGCUGCAAGUGUAUGAGAGGCAGAGAGCUGUCCUAAUGUCCCAUGAUGCACUGGGGGACAGGGACACUCUGAGGGAACUCCUGCAGAAGCUGUGGAAGGAGGUGCUGUCCCUCAGUGCUGAUACUCCGGUUGCUAUGGACUCUCACUUCCUGUUGAGUGGAGGAGACUCGCUCCGCUCUCUGCGUCUCUGUGAUGACAUCACUGCUGCUGUGGGCGUGGCCCUGCCAGGCCUGCUGGAGGUCAUCCUCAGUGGCUCCUUUGCUGACCUGCUGAGUCAUGUUGUUAAGGCAGUGUUUCAGAAAGAGGGCAAAGACGAUGCAACACCAGCACCUGAGCGCUUCUCUCUGGCAAAAAGAAAACAGCAGGAUCCUCCCCCAACCGCACAACCCAGGAGGAAACAGCCAGUCUCUCUCUCUCCACGUGAGAAGCAGUGGGGUGGAUUCACUGUGGUGAGGAGAGCAGGAGAGGUCACAGAGGGGCCUCCUCCCUCCCAGCAAAACCAGCUACUGAAUUUCCAUGGAAAUACAGUUUCUCGCACUGCAGUGCCCAAUCAGGGAACAGAACACACCCACUCCCGCACUGCAGUGCCCAAUGAGGGAACAGAACACACCCACUCCCGCACUGCAGUGCCCAAUGAGGGAACAGAACACACCCACUCCCGCACUGCUGGGCCCAAUGAGGGAACAGAACACACCCACUCCCGCACUACCAGACCCAGUGGGAGAGCAGCAGAUGAGUGUGUGGUGGGGGUCAGAGCUACAGCAUUCUCGGCACUGGCCUUGCGUGUGCAGUGGCAGUCAGACACAGGCAGGUGUGUGGACGCCUCGCCUGUGCUGCUGGUGACCGAGUCAGGCGGGGCUGUGGCAUAUGUGGGGUCCCACUCCCACAGACUGCAGGCCAUCACGCUGAGGGGGGGGCAACUGCUCUGGGAGCGAGUCCUGGGGGGGCGUCUGGAAGCUUCUGCUGCCAUCACUGCAUGUGGAUCCCUCAUUGCGAUUGGGUGCUAUGAUGGGCAGGUGUAUUUCCUCUCGGUGGAGACGGGGCAGACGCACUGGGUGUUUGCCACCAGGGACUCAGUGAAGAGUAGCCCUGCCGUGGAUAUUCUCACCGCCCUGGUGCUGGUGGGGUCACAUGAUGGACACAUGUAUGCUCUGGACCCAGAGGCCCGGUGCUGUAGGUGGAGUCGGCACUGUGGGGGUGGGGCCAUAUUCUCCUCCCCCUGCCUUGACCCGUCUCUCCGGCAACUGUAUGUCGCCACACUGAGAGGAGAGCUCCUUUGCCUCAAGCCCGAGAAUGGCACUCCCUUGUGGACACACUCCAGUGCUGCACCAUUCUUCUCGUCCCCAUGCUACUCUGGCACAACCAUUUGCAUCGGCUCUGUGGACCAGAAUAUCUAUGGCUUCAGCCCCUCCGGCAACCUGUUGUGGCGGUUUACUACCGACGGGCCUGUCUUCUCAUCUCCGUGCGGUAUGCCUACCUCUCUGGCUAAUCAGAGAGUGUUCUGUGGAUCACAUGACGGAAGCGUGUACUGUCUGAGAUCCUGCGAUGGCGCCCUGGUGUGGCGGUUUCAGGCAGGGCAGAAGGUCUUCUCCAGUCCCUUCCUGUUCCACAGCUCGGCCAGUCAGGACGAGUGCCUGGUUGCUGUGACGGCCACUGAUGGGAUGCUGUGGAUUCUGGGAGCAGAGGACGGGGAGCCCAGGGCCUCUGUCUCCUUGCCAGGGGAGAUUUUCUCUUCCCCAGUGCUCUGGGGGCGCACUCUAGUGGUGGGAUGCCGGAAUGACUUUGUGUAUGGCAUUGAACUGACUGCCUCCUGAGAGAUGUCCAGACAUUCAGCUUCUCAAAUGUGAUGUUUUAAAAUAAAAAUAAAGAUUUUAAAAAUGUAA